AUGCCUCUCGACAUCCUGCCAGUCACCAGUGAACCCGCUACGCUAGCAAGCAUCGCAACCGAAACUGACCUGUUAGAAGAGAUUCGGAAAGCACAGGCCACAGACUACCAGAUCAACGCGCAGGUGCAACGAUGGAUGGAGAUCGAACCCCGACCGUUGGAGGAUCAACCGGGAACUGAUCAAGUAUUCCUCACCAGUUACUGCCUACACAACCGACUCUGGGAGAAGAAGACAUGUGACAGUUGGCGAAUAGUCAUACCGCCCAACUUUCGCACCCGUCUACUGUUCCGCUAUAACGACGAUGAUCUAAUGGGACAUCCAGGCUACGCCGAAACCUACCGAAACAUUGCUACAUACUACACUUGGCCCUGUAUGGAGGCGCAGAUAACCGCGUACGUUCAAAAUUGCCUGCUGUGUAGCUGCUCAAAAGCAUACAACCGGAAUCACGAACCUACACAACGACUGCAAUGGUCUACUAGACCAUGGGAAACCGUAUGUUUCGAUCUGAUGGGCCCCUACCCACUCUCCAAGCAAAGAAAUCGAUUCAUAUUGGUCAUCACUGAUUCUUUCUCCAGGUGGAUAGAAGCCUACCCGCUGCCUCAUGGCGACGCCAACACGAUUGGCCGCACGAUGGAUACGCACCUGUUCCCCAGAUGGGGAUACCCAAAAAUCCUACUCUCCGACAAUGGCACUCAGUUUAUGGGGAAACUAUGCAACAAACUCUGUCUCAAAUGGGGAGUCUUACACUACACCACGCCAAUUUAUCACCCCUGA